AAUAUAGUGGUUAGUCACGUGAUCUAGGGAGAUCGCCAUAGGCAAUAGCCGCAGCGGCCAACACCCCCUCUCAACUUAUCAGUAUUGAGAUUGAGUGCCAUAUUUUAACAGUCAUGAAUGAUGAGGAAUUAGAGAAGAGAGAGGAAUCAAAGUGGCAAUCUCAUAUAAAUAGAAUGCGGGGUGCUUAGAAGCUAAAUGUAAUUCUCAUUAAAACAUGGUGGCAUUUCUUAGCUGUAUGCAAUUCUUUUGGUAGCGCCCUCCGUAUAAGAUUCAUCAGGUACAUAUAUUUAUAUAUAUGCAUAUAUGUAUACCAAGAAUCAUGGCAUCAAAACUCUACAAUAAGCAGAAAUCACUCUCCAUCAAAAAGUCUAUCCCGCAACAACAACUAGCUAGCAACAUCGACAACAUCAAGCCCCCAAACUGGCCGGCCCUAAAACCUCUCAUCCCACCGUCAGACCUCCACCUCGAAACCCUCCUGGAGGACCAAAUCCUCAUAAUCCGCAACCUGCUCGCCGCUUCCCUCUGCAGAACAUAUGUCUCCUUCCUCUCCACGCUGCCACUCAUCACGACGCCGAAAAGGCCCAAGAAGGACGAGGCUGUGCGCGUUAAUGACCGGUUCCAGGUGCAUGAUGCGGCGUUUGCGGAGAGGUUGUGGAGCGGUACUGCGUUGAACGAGUUGGUUUUGGCGGAGGGGGAAGGGGAGGCGUUAUGGGGAGGGGAGGUGCUGGGGUUGAAUCCUAAUAUACGGAUUUAUAGAUAUGCGCCUGGGCAGUUUUUUGAUAAGCAUUACGACGACUCCGUCCCCCUCCUCCUCACCCCCUCCACCCCUUCCACAACUCCCACCCCGACAAUCCCCGCAAAAACAACCUGGACCCUCCUCAUCUACCUCACAACCUGCACAGGGGGCGAAACGGUCUUCUACCCUGACGACGACGACGACGAACAACAAGCCGGCCCCCCAAAAUCCAAAUCUAAAUCCAAGUCAAAAUCAUCUCCACAGCAACGGCAACAGCAGCAGCAGGAACCAAUAAUCGUCAGCCUCGAGACGGGCAUGGCGCUGCUGCAUCGGCAUGGGGAGCGGUGUUUGCUCCAUGAGGGGCGGGAGGUGGUGGCGGGGGAGAAGUGGGUUAUUCGGAGUGAUUUGGUUGUUAGGAGGUAGUACAUGUAUAAUACGUGUAGGUUGGGCGGGGUUAUAUAUAUCUAUGACACUACCUGGGAUGGGUGGUUAGGUGGCUAUUUCUCUGGUUUCCCUGUAUCUACCACGUAGGGUAUUCAGGUAUGUAUGUACGUAUGCGUGCAACGCUCUGAUUUAGAGGAUGAGGAAUCAGUAGCUAAGAUGGAGAGAACGUAAGAGGGAUAAGAGGGACCAGUUGUAUAUAAUAGUUAUAAUAUAAUAAUAAUUCUUUUCGAAAAAUUCCC